UAAGUAUAUAAAUAGAUAAAUAGAUGAGAGGAUAUUAAAUUAUCUAAAAUUAAUAACUACAUAUUUAUAUAUUGAUUUAGUAUAUAAAUCUGAAAUUAUUUAGAUAAAAAAUAUAUGUCGAGUGUUUAAUUCUUUCCGAAUUCAACCGUAGUAAAGUUAAUUUUUAAUAUUGUUGUACAUUUUAUUAGUUAUCCAUAAUGAGGAUGGUAGGAACAUAAACGAAUUUUAUUCAAUUAAUUAUUGGUCACCCAUAGCCAGGAUAAGCAUUGAAUACAAAGUGCCACAUGUUAGCCAUUGUUUAUGUAAUCUUUUAUAUUUUAUGCCAUCCAAAAAUGGGAAAAGUUGGUUUCUCAAAAGAACAAGUUCUAACUUUUUCAGAAAUGAAUUGUUUUGCUUGAAAUACAGAGAAGCUAAAACACUGGAAUUUUUGAAUUCAUACGUUGACAAAAACCCAAAAAAAAAAAAAAAAACUAAAAGAAAAAAAGAAAGAAAGAAAGAAAAAGAAAAAGAAAAAAGCAAGAAAUUAUCCCUAUAUAUGGAAGCAUGCAUCCUUAGUUUUCUCGCAUGUUGGUGUCUUUUUCUCUUGUAUCCUCUCGUUAGCAUGAACUCCAGAACACAAUCCAGCUUUAUGCUGCCUGACUCUCGCCCUGCCCACCCAAAUCUCCUCAAUACUGUCAAGUUAGAAAUGGAAACAGACGACAGUUUUGGAAGUUCAGCAAGCCUUCACAGUUUUCCACAUUUAAAGCAGGCCUCAUCUACCAUACAACUCUCACCUAUUUCAACUGCACGUAUCAAAAGGAAAUUUCCCGAAACUCUUGAUCAUCAUUAUGUGUAUAUUUUACUUGCAGGACAUUGGUGAAAUUUCUGGAGAGGUCUGGAGAAACCAAUAUAAUCGAAAUACUAAAAGAAUGCUUUCAACUUAUACGCAUGCUAUAUCUGAAAGGGUUAAUCCCAUAUUGUCCAACAUGGGUGGAGGAGCCAUGUACCAAGCCCCAUGUAUGUUUCCAGGACCCUAUUUUUAUCCAGUUAUGCCGACUAAUCCGACUCCAAGAAUGGGGAUUUUUAGCACUUGUCAAUAUGGUUGUGUACCUAUGGCAGUAUUUCCUUCAUAUCAUCUCCAUCUCCAUCUUCAUCUCCAACCUUCUUCAUUAGCAGCAGCAGCAGCAACACGGCUUCAACAAAUGUCUGCAGAUUUUCCAUUCCUUCGACAGCCUUUACUAGGAGCUGCUACUUCCGGUACUCCACUACCAACUGCAUCUUCUCAUCAGGGACUAUCUACUUCUCAAAAGCAGGAACAAUAGUCUGUCAACAGAGACUGCUAUCAAAAGGCUUCAAAUUUGAAUCUUUCCGCUAGGUGGAGAUGAAGGUAUCAUAUUUGGUAUUUCGAUAAGCUAAUCAAAUACCAGUAACAGGUGGAGAUGGACGUAUGAUAUAGUUGCACUUCAAUACUCUUUUAUUUUAUUUUAUUUUGGGUUGUAAGCAUAAAAGUGAUCUUUCUUCUUCUUUUACUCAAUAGAUGGGGAAAGCCCUUACAUAGCUCACAUCAUUUAAUAGAUUUAACUUAAUAUAUAAAAAAUCCAUUAACGUAUUUCAUUUGUAAUAAUUUCUUUUGUGGCCUAAGCAGUAUUUAAUUUGUGAUUCCGUAAUAUAUAUAAAAUAUAAAAAUUACUUAAAA